AGAUGCACAUACAUGGCGCUUAUGACACACCCAUGAACUCUUGUUUAGAGGAUGUGUCCCCGAGGAUGUGUCCCCUAAGGGCCAGGACAGAUAUACAGGCACACAGAGCACGUGGACCCACAAUGCAGAAAUGCCCGCAGCAGGGAGUUUGUGCCCGUUCCCGUGCAGAGGCAGGUGUGUACGCGUGCACAGUCAUGCCAUCAUAGGAUGCACAUGUAUACCUCGCACACCUGCGCUCACGACAGACCCUCUGGGUGCCAGACACACAAGCAGAUGGCCCCAGAGACCGCUGGUAGUGCAUACAGCGGCCAGAGCUGCAACCACUUCUUUCUUUGGCUACUCCCACCCCGGGACUCCCCGCGCCGUCCCCCCACCCCCCCACCCCCGCUCCCCGCCCCCCUCGGCCUUGCGCGCGCCCCCGCCGCAGUCCGCGCCCGCCCCCGCCGGUCAGCCCUCGCUCGGCUCCGGGCCCGCGCAGCUCUCCCAGCCGGCUCGCGAGAACGAGCAGGGGAGGGGACGGAGCCCGCGGCCGAGGGCUGGAGGACUCGGCUCUCCGCAGCGGGCAGCCGGGCCCCUAGCUGCGGCAGCGGCUGCUGGCGGCGGUGGCCGGGAGGUGCCAGCCCGCGCUGGGUGGCGGAGAGCCGCGGGGCGGGGGCUGCGGCCGGUGACCCGAGGGAGAGCUUGCUUGCAGUCAGCAUGGCGGGGCUGCGGGCCAGGCGGGGCUCCGGGCUCCGGCUGCUGGCGCUGUCCACGCUCGGCUUCUGCCUGAUGCUGCAAGUCAGUGCCAAGAGGCCCCCCAAGACGCCCCCCUGCCCGCCUAGCUGCUCCUGCACCAGGGACACCGCCUUCUGCGUGGACUCCAAGGCAGUGCCCAGGAACCUGCCCUCCGAGGUCAUCUCUCUGACGCUGGUGAAUGCUGCCUUCUCGGAGAUCCAGGAUGGAGCGUUUUCCCACCUGCCACUGCUGCAGUUCCUGUUACUCAACUCCAACAAGUUUACUCUGAUUGGAGACAAUGCCUUCACAGGACUGUCGCACCUGCAGUACCUCUUCAUUGAGAACAAUGACAUCUGGGCACUAUCCAAGUUUACCUUCAGAGGACUCAAGUCUUUGACACACCUAUCGCUGGCCAACAAUAAUCUGCAGACACUGCCUAGAGACAUCUUUCGGCCCUUGGACAUCCUGAGUGACUUGGACCUGCGGGGCAACUCACUCAACUGUGACUGCAAAGUGAAGUGGUUGGUGGAGUGGCUGGUGCAUACCAACACCACGGUGGCUCCCAUCUAUUGCGCCAGCCCGCCCCGCUUCCAAGAGCACAAGGUGCAGGAUUUGCCGCUGCGGGAGUUCGACUGCAUCACCACAGAUUUUGUGCUCUACCAGACCCUGCCCUUCCCAGCAGUAUCAGCCGAGCCCUUCCUUUACUCCAGUGACCUCUAUUUGGCUCUGGCCCAGCCAGGUGCCAGCGCUUGCACCGUCCUCAAGUGGGACUAUGUUGAACGGCAGCUUCGAGAUUAUGAUAGAAUACCAGCCCCCUCUGCAGUGCACUGCAAGCCAAUGGUGGUAGACAGCCAGCUGUAUGUGGUUGUGGCCCAGCUGUUCGGUGGAUCUUACAUUUACCACUGGGACCCCAACACCACACGCUUCACCAAGCUGCAGGAUAUCGACCCACAGCGUGUGCGCAAGCCCAACGACCUGGAGGCUUUCCGCAUUGACGGCGACUGGUACUUUGCCGUGGCCGACAGCUCCAAGGCGGGUGCCACCAGCCUCUACCGCUGGCACCAGAAUGGCUUCUACUCCCACCAGGCCCUGCAUGCCUGGCACCGUGACACUGACCUGGAGUUUGUAGAUGGCGAGGGCAAGCCACGGUUGAUUGUGUCUAGUAGCUCCCAGGCACCUGUCAUCUAUCAGUGGAGCCGCACCCAGAAGCAGUUUGUGGCCCAGGGUGAGGUGACCCAGGUGCCUGAUGCCCAGGCUGUGAAACACUUCCGUGCUGGGCGCGACAGCUACCUGUGUCUCAGCCGCUACAUCGGUGACUCCAAGAUCCUGCGCUGGGAGGGCACCCGUUUCUCUGAAGUGCAGGCCCUGCCCUCCAGGGGCUCGCUGGCCAUGCAGCCCUUCCUCGUGGGUGGCCGCCGCUACCUGGCGCUGGGCAGCGACUUCUCCUUCACGCAGAUCUACCAGUGGGAUGAGGGGCGCCAAAAGUUUGUGCGGUUCCAGGAGCUGGCUGUGCAGGCCCCUCGGGCCUUCUGCUACAUGCCUGCUGGGGAUGCUCAGCUGCUCCUGGCCCCUAGCUUCAAGGGACAGACGCUCGUGUACCGACACAUAGUGGUGGAUCUCAGUGCCUAGAGGGGUGCCGAGGCCUCUGUGUUCCUCGGGCAGCCACUCGAGGCUGAACAGAAGUCUCUGUGUGAGCAGCAUGUGUGCCCAUGUGAAGACACAUGUAGCCAACCUGUGUACAUGCCCUCACAUACACCCUCCGCACCCCCCAUGAGCAUGGGCCACACUGUGGACUGGCCCAGGAGAGCCACUUGUCAUAGUUGUAAUCAGCAUGAAGACUUGUAUAUGCACCAGGCAACCCAGCAACCCUGUGCCCUCUCAUAUGUGGACACUUGUCUGCCCCACACCCUACCUGAAGGCCCCCCCUUGGUCUGCUGCUUUCCCCGUGCUCCGGCCCCAGGGAAGGAGUACGGGAAGGAAGGGCAGGGCCACCCCUCUUGUUUUUCAGCUUAUUCUUCCUACUCCCCAGUUUCUCCUGUUGGUGCUCCAGGUGUCUGUUUACCUACUUGUGCUCUGCCCUGCAGCCCACAGCCACAUCCUUCACACUGCUGGGCUCACUCACCCAUGCUGUACUUCUGCAUGCACACGUGGACACACACACACACACCUGCUGACACUCCCAUUUCUGUGUGCACACAUGCAGGUUCAGUGCUGCCUAAAGAGGCUCUCUUUCAUCACCUUGCCUCUCUUCUUGGAGAAGACACACAGUACCCACCCUCCUCUGCUCAUCCCUGGUGUGCCCACCCUGUAGCUGAUAAGGAUGGAAUGGUGGUGCCAGCCUCUGGACACCAGCUUGAUCUCCUGGGGGCAAAGCCCCUCUGCCCAAAGCAAUAACAACAGCAGACCCUGACUUCUUUUUUUUUUUUUUUAAACGUUUAUUUAUUUUUGAGACAGAGAGAGGCAGAGCAUGAACGGGGGAGGGGCUGAGAGAGAGGGAGACACAGAAUCGGAAGCAGGUUCCAGGCUCUGAGCCGUCAGCCCAGAGCCCGACGCGGGGCUCGAACUCACGGACCGCGAGAUCGUGACCUGAGUUGAAGUCGGACGCUUAACCGACUGAGCCACCCAGGCGCCCCAGACCCCGACUUCUUCUUAGGGCUCUCUGUUCUUACUGGAGUUUCCUGCUCUGAUCCUGAAUGCUGCUCACCUGUGGACAGGAGACCACCCAGAUAAAAGCCUUCCAGCUUUUCUUUACUAUAGCUGCCGAAGCCUCAGACCACCCUGUCGUUCAGCCCCACCUUUGGGACUGGACCUUGAGCUGUGUAGGCUCCUUUAGGUGGGUCCAAGAGCUGGCCGAGCCAGGGACUCUGCAAACAUGAGCCAACUGGGUGGGUGCCAAGAGUAGAGCAGGGAUAGAGAGCAUCUUGGGGGAUCCUGGGACCUCUCUAGUCCACAGAGACAGGCCCCAGGUGCAUUGCCUUCUAAAGCAAGCUGAGUGGUGGAGGGGGUGAGGGUCCUGUGGGAGUAGCACCUGGGAGUCAAGCUUCUGCUGCCCUCUGCUGUAUGCUGGGAAUAGGUAGUUCUGAGCUGGAGGCCAGUGGAGAAGGCACAGGGUGGGGAAACCUCCCUGUGCCCAAGCUGUGUGAGGGCGUACUGGUGGCAAGAUGCCCAGGGGCACUUGGGGGCAAUGUUACGACUCACUGCUGCAAAUAAAAAUUUCCUACCCCAUUGCUGGCUCUCAGGUGUCCAGUGGCUUUGGUGGUAGCUGUUUCACUGAGAACAGAGCCAGGGCUGUGCUCUCUGUCCCUGCUAUUCACGGAGGUGGGGGGGGGGGCAGCAUUAGCGUUCAGACUCCCUUCUUCCAUGUUCUCUUUCCUCAGAGGAGCGAGUGGGCACCCCAAGGUCAGCUGGUCCUGGAGUCAGGAGUUCAUGGUGAUGAUACUCAGGUGCAGAGAAAGUGUAACUAGUCUCUACCACCUGUGGGUGACUCAUGACCCAGCUGUUUCUUCCUGGAGAUCACAGUCUUGGGGCCCACUGAGAUUGGAGUCUGUCCCUCUGUUAGGUCAACUCCAACCAACAUAGCCAAAGACAAGCUCAGCAGUCCCUCUCCUCUCCUCUCCCCUUCCCCCAUUGCUGCCAGCCCUUGCCCUAUGUGUGAGAUUUCAAGCAAGUUGACUGAUUUCCCUGGCCUUUGGUUUCUCCUUCUGUAAAGUAGAUAAUAAAACGUACACUGUCAGUUCUUGAUUCUGCCACUUACUAGCAGGGGUGGCCUCAACCCUGUUACUUAGCCUAUUUGUAUCUCAGUUUUCUCAUCUAUGAAAGGUGGAUAAUCGAGAUACAUACCUGACAGGGUUAGUGUGAAAU